AUGGAGAACACCAGAGUUUUUGUCUCUGGCCUGCCGCCUACUUUCUCCAAUGAACAGCUCAGAAAGCAUUUCGCCAGUCGUUACCAGGUGACAGAUGCCCAUGUCCUGUCAAAGCGCAGAAUUGGGUUCGUCGGCUUCAAGAGCCCAGAGGUAGCCCAGCAAGCUGCGAACUACUUCAAUCGGACUUAUGUCAAGAUGUCUAAGAUCUCAGUAGAGAUUGCUCGACCAGUUGACUCAACCCCUGUUGGUGGCUCCGAUGAUAAGAAUACAUCUCAAGGCAAUAGUCUGAAGCGGAAACGCGAUGGAAAGAAUGCCGAGGCGGACCCCAAGUUGCAGGAAUAUCUUUCUGUUAUGCAACACUCGUCGAAGACGAAGACCUGGGCAAACGAAGAACAACUUCCCAGGGCUCUUCCCCAGAAAGACUCAGCUGUAGGUGCUGAGCCUAUGGAGGUCGACUCAACACCCGCUGUCUCGAAUGACACACAGCGGAAGAAAGCUAAGGUAGAAGUACCCGAUGCUUCUCAAAGAUCCUCCACUGUCCCCGCUCGGGAGCCUCGGCACGAGGAAUCGAAGACUGAAAAUGUCGAUCGUGUUGAAGUGGUGGAUCAAUCCGACGAUGUCAUGGUGCAGGAUGAGUCUGCCGCCGCCAAGGCAUCAGAAGAACCGAUCACGGAUUCUGACUGGCUCCGGUCGAAAACAAGUCGCCUUCUUGGUCUUUUGGACGAUGAGGAGCAGGCGGAAUUCGGCUCAGCGGCCCAGAACCAGGUCUCUGCUCCUGCUGAAGUCAGACCGGAGACACAGUCAGAUGACGAACCUCUCGCAGAGCAAAAGAAGGACACCAUGGUCGACGACGAGGCAAAGUCACAACCGGUGGUCGAUACAAACGUUGAGAAUAUCCUCAUUUCAGCUCGUCUUUUUGUGAGAAACUUGUCCUACGAUGCUUCGGAGGCUGAUCUACUCCCCGUUUUUGAGCCUUUUGGGAAGAUCGAAGAGAUCCACGUUGCUUUUGAUACCCGGUCAACGACAAGUAAAGGGUUUGCCUAUAUCCAAUACGUCGAGCCGGAGUCCGCUGUCAACGCUUACAAAAGCUUGGACGGAAAGAACUUCCAAGGUCGCCUCUUGCAUGUUCUUCCGGCUGCUGCGAAGAAGUCAUAUAAGAUCGAUGAGCACCAGCUGGCACAACUUCCUCUUAAAAAGCAAAAGCAAAUCAAACGGAAGAUGGAGGCUACAUCGUCGACGUUCAAUUGGAACGCUUUAUACAUGAACACCGACGCAGUGAUGUCUUCAGUAGCGGAAAGGCUUGGUGUCUCAAAGGCCGAUUUGCUGGACCCUACUUCAUCAGACGCUGCCGUGAAGCAGGCUCAUGCGGAAACGCACGUAAUCCAGGAGACCAAGGCCUAUUUCGUGUCAAAUGGUGUUAACAUCGAUGCUUUUAAGCAAAGAGAACGGGGCAACACCGCAAUCUUGGUCAAAAACUUCUCCUACGGAGUUAAAAGCACCGACCUGAGGAAUCUCUUUGAGCCUUACGGCCAGAUUAGUCGACUUCUCAUGCCUCCGAGCGGUACGAUAGCGAUCGUGGAAUUCAGUAGACCCGACGAGGCUCAACAAGCAUUUAGAGGUCUUGCGUACCGAAAAUUGGGAGACUCCAUCCUCUUUUUGGAGAAAGCCCCGAAGGAUCUAUUUGAUGCCAACCUAUCGACUCAGCAACCUGUGCCAGAGGUGAAGGCCAUCUCGCAAGGCUUCUCCACUGCUGAUACGUUCACUGCGGGUGAGGCUGAUGGGGGAGUUUUGACAUCAACUCUCUUCGUAAAGAACUUAGACUUUUCAACAACUAACGAGAAAUUCGUCGACACAUUCCGGCCGCUGGACGGCUUCGUGUCUGCUAAAGUCAAGACCAAGCCAGAUCCCAAGCGGCCUGGUCAGACGCUUAGCAUGGGCUUUGGGUUUGUGGAUUUCCGAACGAAAGCUCAAGCUCAGGCUGCCCAAGCAGCGAUGGAUGGCUAUAGACUUGACGGUCACGCGCUUGUCAUCAAAACUUCCCACAAAGGCUUGGAUGCAGCGGAAGAACGAAGGCGUGAGGACAACGCGAAGAAGCUCGCUGCCCGCAGGACGAAGAUCAUCAUCAAGAACUUACCGUUCCAGGCUACGAAAAAGGAUGUCAGGUCUCUUUUCGGUGCAUAUGGGCAGCUCCGCUCUGUGCGAGUUCCGAAGAAAUUCGACCAUUCUGCUCGUGGUUUUGCCUUUGCUGAUUUUAUCAGCGCUCGCGAGGCUGAAAAUGCUAUGGACGCGCUGAAGAACACGCAUCUCCUGGGUAGAAGAUUAGUCUUGGAAUUCGUGAACGAGGAGGAUGUCGAUCCUGAAAGCGAGAUCGCGAAGAUCGAGAAGAAGGUAGGGGAACAGAUGGACAGGGUCAAGCUUCAGAAGCUCACCGGAGGGGGACGCAAAAAAUUCACUGUAGGGGCCCAGGACGAUGGGGAGGCCUAA